AUGCCUUCUAAUAAAAUGUAAUCAAAAGAUAUAAAAGUAAAAAGCAUAUAAGAAUUAUUAAGAAAUUGCAUUGAUAUGAAAUAUUACAAAAAAAAUUAGCUUUCGAGGUACUUUUUAACUUAUUAGAAUGAGGAACUGGAAGAGAGAUUUCUUUAUAAUAGUUAAAAUUUUCACCUUGCUAAAGUACUCAUUAUUCAAUCAUUUGUUUGGAAUAUUUUACUAAUAAUUACAGGCUCUAUUGACUUUUGGAGAAUAUUUCAAGCAGCUUUUGAUGUGAUAGUUAUAUUAGGAUACAAUUUAGUGUCUCGCAGAUAUAAAAAAUACUUUAUUUUAUCAAAGCAGCUGUUAGUAACAUAUUUAAUUUGUCUGCAGCUCACUGUUUCAGUGCCUGGAUGGAGAAGUCUAAUGAAUGGAGCAGCUUUUAUAAUUUGGAUUCUUGUUGAUUAUCAAAAUAUUGUAAUUGAAUCUAUUGGAAUUAUGACUUCAAUUAUCUUUGCGAUUGUAGUUUUACGAAUGGACUGGUACAUAAUGGGCUUCUUCCUGUUUGCUGGUUUUAUCUUAAUUGGAUACAGAUAUUCAUAUGAUAAGCAAGAAAGGUUGCUAUUUUUAGCACUUUAAAACUUUUAGGAGUGGUAAAAAGUUGUUGAAAAAACAAUGCCAGCAUACUUUUUUGUUUAGUCGAUGUGCUACAGAAAUUUUAGCAUGGAAUUGUAUGAUUAAAAUAAGAAAUUCUUUAAUGAUUUCAUUAAAGAAAAUUAGAGUAAUACAGGAAAAGCAAUCAAGCAAGAAUUAAGAAAUGAUAUUUAUUUGUAGUUUCUUAAAGACGUUAAGAUAAUUGGUAACUAUUCGAGAGUGAAAAGGUUUUCUACAGCUGAUACUAUUAAUUAAAUAAGCAGUAAUAGCAAAUCAGAAGAUUUUUAGAAUCUGUUCAGCUAUUUGCUUUAAAAACACGUAGAAGUGUAUAAUUGGUGGCUUGAAAAUGUCAAAAAUAACAAAUAAAUUAGAAAAAUAGAAAAACCAAAUUGCACUUUUGCUAAUUUAUUUAAAAGAUUAUUUUUUUGUAAUUACAGAUAAAAAAAGAUAAAAUAUGAUGAAGAAUAAUACCCCAUUGGAGUUAUAAAUAGUCCUAGAAAUUCAUAAAUGCCACAAUCAUAGCAGGGAAUUGCCUCUAAAUGUGAUAUUUCCAUAAAUUCAACUGCUGGUGGAAGAAAUAGCAAUUAAAAACAAUAAAAUUUGACAAAUGAAUCAAUUAAUGUAGUUUUCUUCAAUAAAAAGCUUGAUAAAAAUUAAUAUUUUAAGGUGAAUAUUGUUCCCCUUUUCUUACAUGAACCUUUUCUUUCAAUUUCCUUUUAAGAUGUAAGUGAAUUUCAUUUAAUCAAAGAAAAAUAAAUCAAGGAAAAAGGGCUUGGGGUGAUUAAUUAAUAAUCACAAAUAUUUGUUUCUCACUAGCUAGAAUCUUUGGAAAAAAUUUUAAAUGGCUAAACAAACAAAUUAUUGAAGCAAAUCAAUAAAAAGCUAGUAUUUUUAAAAGAGAUUUUAAAUUUACAACAAAGGAAUGAUAAAAAUAAAUUAGAACUGGGUUCAUUUUAACUCAAUGAAAUAUUAGAAUCCCUUGUUAACACUUUCUCUAACAUUAAAUAGCUUAAUGUUGAUAAAAAGCUACUCACUUAAUAAAAUCAAUAACUUGAAGCUUAUCCAUAAAAUUUGAAUAUUUCCAAAUAGAAUUCAAAAAGAAUUUAAUCAAGUGAAAAUUAAUAAUUUUUGAAGCUUAAGGGCUUAGUUACCUCGCUUUCAUGCUCAGACCUUUAAAAUUAUGAUGAAAAUAUAGAAGUUUUUAGUAUUAAAAAUAGCGAUAGAUUAUAAUUCAAAAUUGAUAACGAAUCAAUAGCUCUGCCUGAAUUCGGUAAAGAUGGUUUUAUAAAUUAUGAAAGAAAAAAAAUUUCAAAUAGAAUAAUUCCUAAUAUAAAUAAUGUUAAAACUAUAUGUGAGCUGCAACAUUCCCAAAAUCAAUUGAUACAAACUUCUUAAACUAACCAAUCUAAAAUUAAUGAAAAUAAAAAAAUGUUUAAAAACAGUGAAACUGAGCAUGAAUAAAAUUUAAUCACAUCAAAUAAUAAAAUUUAGCAAAACAGACACGAAAACCAUAACGAAGAUACACAAAACUGUUCCUAGACUGAAUACUCAAUUUAUUAAAAUAAUUAAUAUGCUUCUCUGGGAGUUAAUAAGAAAGAUGAUACCUUGAACUAAACUUAAGGGUAAAACAUUUCUAAUAUAAACUUUUCAUUUGAAAACUUGAACAAUAACAACCCACAUGGAGCUAUUCACAACUAAACAACUUAGUUAGCUGAUUAUAGCUUUAGAGGAGAAAGUCCGACUUAUUUGUUUCCUAAAAAGCUGAUGGCCUAAAAGUUUUUGAAAUAGCUUGGAGAUAAUUAGAUUAACGAGAAAAGCGAUAAAAUUAAAGGAAUGAGUAAUUCAAUAAUUAUUUCAGAACAAACUUCUUUUAUAAACUCUCCAAUUACUAUCUAUGAUAGACUGUGCUAAAAAUCUAAUAAAUUCUAUGCAUAGCUAAACCUCACAAAAUCUUUCACAAUAUAUAAUGAUAUAAGCUUGAUGAAAUAAGUUCUAGUUUCUCUUGCAAGUUCUUAUGGACAUAAUGAAAUUUGUCUGACUGUGAGUUAAGUAUAAACUCAAUUUUAUAAAUCAAUAAAAUUUUAAUUUGAACAUGAUAAAUGCAUGAUGAACUUAAUUGAAAACCCAUCUAACACGGUCUAAUUAGGUUAAAUCUUAGGAGUAAAAGGAAGCAAAUAUGACUAACUUAAAAAUAAGUUGAUAGAAAAUGUUAACUUAAUUAUUUCUUAAAUAUCUCCAAAUAAAUUUAAAUUCAAUGGAAAUAAAUUAGAAGUUGAAUUUUUUUAUUUGGAAGAAAAUUAUAAAUGA